UCCUGAGUGUUCGGGUCUUGGCCGGGCCUCUAGACCUUUCUGUCUUCGCCUCAAACUCUGGACUCAACGACCAAAGCUCUGGGCUCCUCUCCUCCGGUGUGUUCGAUAGCAUGGCAAGCAGCAAACCCAGCGGAAGCGCCGCCGCCGCCGCCGCCGAGAGCGACGAGGAGAUAGAUCUCUCCUCGGAAGAGGAGGAGGAGGAGGAGUUGGAACGGGAGCUCGCCGACGUGCCCUUCGAGGAGCUCCAGAAGGCCCGGGCCGAUGGCUCCCACGUAUCCCGCGCCCCCAGGUCCGCCCCCAAAUCGAAGCCCGGCCGCGCCAACAAGAACAGGCCGAUGGAGAUGAGCAGCAAGGUGCGUGUGGGGAGGUUUAGGGAGGUCAUCCAGGCGCCCAAAAGGGUUGUCAGAGAUCCACGUUUUGAAUCAUUAUGUGGAACUCUUGAUACAGACGGGUUUAGAAAGAGAUACAAUUUCCUAUUUGAGGUUGAACUUCCUGCAGAAAAAGAGAAGCUUCAUAAAUUGAUUAAGAAGUCGAAAGACCCAACUGUUGUUGAGGAGUUGAAGAACCAUAUUUCUUGGAUAGAUAAGCAGCUAAAGUCAGGCCCCCAAAAGACUGCUGAAUCUGAAAUUCUGUCGGAUCAUAUAAAGAAAGAAAGAGAAGCAGCAAAGCGAGGCAAACGGCCAUAUUAUCUCAAAAAAUCGGAAAUUCGAAAAAGGAAGCUGAUAAAGAAGUAUGAUGAACUAAAGGCAGAAGGAAAGCUUGACUCCUACAUUGAGAAGAGGAGGAAGAAGAAUGCAUCUAAAGAUCAUCGCUAUAUGCCUUACCGGAGAUCAAAUGAUGGUGCACGGCAAUGAACUAGAGUACCUUUAGAGAUGAGGACAGUAAUUUCCUUGUUCUAUCUAAUCCAGAUCUCAGAUCAUCUCUCCUUGGUCUUUCUUUGUUGUUCCAAUGGGUGACUGAUGUGAGGGCCUUGUUCUCUUGGCUGUGGAUUGAGGAGUCUGAAGGAGAGAGAAGACAAUUAAUUACAGAAAUAGAAGCUAGCAAUAUGUUUUUAUUGCAUCUCUGCCUUGAUACUAGAA